AUGACCAACCACGUCGUCCCCGACUCGGCUCCCAAUGCUCCUUACAUUCCCUCCGUCGUCGAAGCGGCCAAUUACUAUUAUGGCUUCCCCUCCAAGCCCCGUCUCGUGGCUCGUUCUAGCUGCGACGUUUGGAUGAGGCCCACCGGUCCCGAGGCCUACCUCGUGCCCAAGGGCUUAAUGCCACUCGGUUCCCACAGCCUCGCGACCGCCUGGGAGGACAUAGUCAGUCCUGCCUUGUCUCGUUGCCUCGACGAGAAGGGGGUCAAUUUCCUCACCAUGACGCCCGCUCGCAUCGACAUCGUCGACCAACCUUCUCAUCCCGUCGUCGUCCUCGUAGGAGUCGAGCCUGGCUCUCUCACCCACGAGCUCGGCAUCGAGGCCGCUGUCGCGUGCCAUUCCGUUCUCAUCGCCAACUCCAUCCUCGACGUCCACGUUGAGAUCCGCGAGUCCAAGCCCAGCCUCGCUGCCGCUCUAUAUAGGCCCGCCGUCACGUCUAACCCUGCUGCCCGCCUCAUCGAACCCUUCGCCACUUCCCUCGGUCUCCCCAUCAGUUUUGUCAAGACGACCCACUACGAGGGAACCGCAGGGUUCUUCUUCACGGACAGUGCAAAGUCUGGAAAGCUCUUCAUGCUCACCGCACGCCAUGUACUAUUUCAUCCCGACGAGACGCCGAACACCAUGUACGUCUUUAAAGACGGCACUGGUGCGCCGCAGAGGAAGGUCAUCCUGUUGGGAAAGGCCGCCUUCGAUGCUCGCGUCGAGGACAUCGACGUUGCGAUCCGUGCUAAGAAGGUCAUCCUCGCGCAGCUGGCGAAGCGUGCGGCAGACGCUGCAGCCUUGGAAGACGAGGCCGAGGCCCGAGACGAAACGGAGGCGGUGCAGGCUGAGAUGGAGAAGGCGGAGAAGGCAAUCGCGGCCUUCGAGAAGUUGCGUACUGAAAUCCUCCGAGACUGGCAGGACGAGGGCAAGCGGGUUAUCGGCCGCGUCGUCCUGUCGCCGCCCUUCACUCUCAACUUCGGUACCGAUGGGUAUACCGAGGACUGGGCCGUCGUCGAGAUCCACGGCACUAUGAUCUCGCGGCUUAACUUCAUCGGUAACGCCAUCGACCUCGGUUCCGUCGACGUCGACGUGCUAACGUCGUGGAUGUAUCCCGACUCCGCCAACCCGCAUUCCUUCGAUUACCCCGGCAACCGUCUCCUCCGCUUCUCCGGCACUCUAUCGGAUGAAGAGAUGCGCCGUCCUCCUUCGCACACCAAAGACCAGGACAAGGAUGCCGUGAUUAUGGUCUUGAAGAACGGCAACACCUCGGGCCUGACCGUCGGCUGUCUCAACAACGUUCGUUCUGUCGUUCGCCAUUACUUCAAGGACCAGCCUGGUGUGGCGUCGAAGGAGGUAGCCGUUCUUCCUCGCACCUCAAAGUCCGGCGCCUUUUCCGCGCCCGGAGACUCCGGUUCUGCCGUCGUCGAUGGCAAGGGCCGUGUCUGCGGAAUACUCACCGGCGGCGACGGAGCCACGGACGUGUCCGACGUCACCUUCGUCACCUCCAUCAACUUCCUCCUCAAGCGCCUCGCGGAGAACGACGUCAAGGCCAACAUCUUCCCCACCGUGAGUCAUUGA